GCGAGGCGGACAUCGAGGGGAGAGUGUCUGUAGCCCUAGUGGCGGCGCGGAGCGCGAACACCGCACGCGUCCGGGUGACAACUGGCAGAGUCUGCACCAGGACCGUGAUGCGCCUGGUGGGUGAAGGCACCGCAGCGGGCCUCCAGGGCGGCGCAGAGGGCGGCGCUGGCGGCGUGAAAGGCGCCUUUGUGCAAGCCCGCGUGUAGGACCGCCGGGGGAAAGGAGAGAACAGGACCUGGAAGCAGGAGUAGAGGCGUCCCACACUCCCUGCCGUCGGGUCUCCAGAAGGACAGUAGGGUAGCGCAGUGGAGUGGGGACCAGCGCCACGGAGGUUGUCUGCCGCUGUAGCCGAAAAGGGGGCGGGGGGUGGAGUGGGAAGAAAACAGUUUGGAGGAAGUUGGGGAGAGGGACCUGUCUCCCCGCCCUCUCCGCCUAGGUGACAGAGAGGGGGCUGGCUGGCAGGGUGCAAGCACUGCCCCAGAGCUCACUCCGGAACCGGCAUCUGGAGAGCGGCCCCCGGGUGGAGCCGCCCGCUGGCCGCCCACCUGGGGCAGAGUGGCGGGCGCGGCGUGGCCUCCCUCCUGCGCCCGGGCCGCGUGGCUUGCGGCUUAUUUUCCCAGCUGGCAAGCGUCUCGCUGCAGACAAGGGAAUGCCUGUGGUCCUGCGUGUUCCGAAGCUCGGGGGCAUCCUGAUCCCGCUGAGCCCCUUCCAGGUGCAGAAGGGUUAAGAAUGAUCUUUCUCCCUGGAUUUUACUUUGUCCAGUCCUGAAUUCUGCGUAAACAUGUUGCACGGGAGCUUGAAGAGUGGCUGCCCUAUAAACAACCAUUCAACAUGCUCUUGAUUUCCAAGCUGAUUUCAAAUCUUGCUAACAUCCAGAUUCACCCCAGACUGUGUCAACGGACCCAAUUUCAUGAAAAUAGGAACCACCUUGUUCUUUGUUAAGGAAAAAAAAAAAAAGCAUUUUCCUUUAGCAGCUGAACACUUACGCUGUAAUAAAAAGUGAAUUGUUAGGCAUACAUGUCUUAGGCUUGUCAAAUUUUACAACAGAAGAGCAAUAAAACACCUUAGAGAUUCCCACCCACCCCCAACAGUUUUUUUUUUCCUUGACAUCAGGAUUUGAAGCAACUCCAGGGUGCCCUCUACUGAUAAGAAUUUCUAGAGCCCUUUGUAUUAAGAAAAAAAAAUACAAGAUAGUGCAAAAAAAGCAAAGUCAUCAGCAGAAAGAUUCUAAAUUGAAUGUAGUGAUCUUUAACCUUUUGUUUAUAUGAAAUGUAAUAAUAACAGAAGGUACCUUUGGGGAUAUAAUUAAAUAUUGAGGUAAGAAAACUACAUUUUGCUGUUAAUCGGCUAUCUAAAAGCACUUAAAAUCUUUAUGUGUAAGAAGGUUCUGCCUGCAUGUAUGUCUGUGCACCACGUGUGUGUUUGGUGCCUGUAAACGUGAAGGGGAUUAGGAUUCCCUGGAGCUGGAAUUCCAGACUAUUGUGGGCUGCCAGUGGGCACUGAGAAGUGAGCCUUGGGUCUUUUGGAAGAGCAGCCACUGCUCUUAACCACUCAACCAUCUCUCCAGGUCCAAGCUAAAAGGACUUUUAAGAAGAGUGUCAUGUGAUCACUCUUUAAAAGAAAGAUGCUUAUUAAUAUUUUCUGAACUGUAUUUCAUGAAUUAUAUGUGGUAACUGCAAGAUGGUAAAAAUGUUUGUCCUGAUAGCAUUUAGGCUACACCCCUAUGUAAAACUGUCAGAUUCUUCCAGCCCUCCCCCCAUGAAAAGUCAUUUCUCCAGGCAACUCUGAAGCUAUUAUUAAGCCUAUUAAAGAUAGACAUAAGGCUUGGAUUAUAUCUUGAGUAGUGAAAGGUGUGUUUACCACUUGAAUCAUCAUGGCCUGUAAUAAGUAAUGAAAAAUUACAGUUAAAAACAGAUAGGUCUCCUUCAUUAGGGACCUGGUAGUUUGUGGAAUCCACAGUGUGUGUAAUGAGUAAGAUGGGGAGACCUAAGGCUUGCCUCCCAAUUAUCCUUGUCCAUUGAUCAGCACACUGUAACAUGUGGAAUAUUUAUGUGUCUGUGGUUGAUAGGAGAUUCCUAAUUAGAGAUUCUGAGUAAUGUAGCAGGUAAAGUUGCAAACUGUAAUUUAGAUUGCACUAAGUGCAUUUUAAAUGCCAGUCCUCAACAGUUAGGAGAAUGGCAGAGGCAGGGGGGAAGUAAAGUGGCUCCUUAGGAGCACUGAAGUCACUCUCCAGAGGAGAUACCACUUCACACUAACUGAUAACAAAUUGGAGCCUAUGGUCAACUCCACAAGUGCUUUCUUUUGUCUCCAUUUACUAGCCCUUUUCCUCGGAGAUAGUCUGAGGAGUUUUGCCCUAGGUUUUGGAAGACAACUCAGGUAGAAACAGACCUACCAUUGGACUAAUUUAAUAGACUGGAAACUUGUGGAAAAGCCACCAAGCAACAAGAAAUCGUGGCAUAAUUGCAUUGCAUAAAAACUUACCACUCUCAUUAAUCUAAUUACCUUGUAACUGAACACGUUGAAGUUCGCCCAAUCCCUGACUCCUGCUCUUUGCUUUGAAGCUGGGAAAAUGUCAAAGAAACCAAAACACCAGAGCCUCAAGCAGCUGCCAGCGAAUUCCGCUGGGAGCUAGCAGGUACCUUCUCAGUUCACCCAUCUGCUAAGGACCUCGGUGUCAUCUGAGUAACGCGGCUCGGCUGACUCUUGUUUUGCCAAGAGACCCCAACAAGUUUGAUACGAGGUCCAGCAGUUGAGAUUGGCUGAGACAGGGGUAUGGGUUGGGGGGAACCUGCUACAUAGAGCUUGGGAAAGCGCUGGCAUCCUGUAAGUGGCUGAAGCCUUCAGGGAUAGGACAAGGGGCUGGGGAGGGUCAUUAAAAACAACGAACAAAAAAAAAAAAACUAGGAGGAAGCUGAACCUGAAGCUCAUUAAUUCAAGGAAAGGUUAAAGGCCGGUUCUCCUGGAACGCGAGCCAAGCGAGAUUCGCUGUCGCCCAUUUCUAUUGGGUACCAGAAAACCGUGAUCGCGGAAAGGGUUGGAGGAGAAGAGGCACAAGGAAGCGGGCUGGAGGGAGGCUGGGCCGGGGAGAAGCUGCCCCACCCGCGGGCGGCGGACACGGAACUUGAGUGAGACGCGAGGGCGGGAGGCACUCUCACAGCCAAUGGGGAGUGGAGGAGGGGAUUAGCAGAGGGCGGGGCCUCCGAGUAUUGGUGGGAGCCUGGCGGGGCGGAGCCAAAGUGCGGGGCUGAGAUUGAUUGACCGCGCAGGCCGCGGUGCGGAGCUCUCCGGGCCACUGCCUGCCACGGCUGGUGAGGUCCUUCCGAUCCACGCACGUCGAGCCCACGCCAGCUUGGGCUCAGUCGCCCUUGAGCUCCGGGCUGCUAUCGGCGCUCGCUCACGGUCUUUGUAUCUUUUUCUCCCGCCUCUUUCUGCCUGCCCUCCACGUCCGGCCGUCUCCAUGUCUCUGCGCCCUGUUGCCGCCUCCCUCCGCUCGCGACGCCCUGCACACCGCGGCGGUGGCGGCCGGUCUCGAACGCUGGCCUGAAAGGAGGAAGAGGAGGAAGCGAGGCGUGCGCCCCGGCCCAUGCCGCAGUCCGAGGCCCGGCCCAGCUACUGCGCCCGCGCCGCCGCCCUCGCAGGAGCGCACGAGACCUGCAUGGACGGGCAUGGGCGUGAGAGCAGCACCUUCCUGCGCCGCCGCCCCCGCCGCCGCCGGGGCUGAGCCGUACGGCCGUCCCGGGCUCUGGCUGCCGUCGCCCCCGCCGCCGCUGUUGCUGCUGCUGCUGCUCAGCCUUGGGCUGCUCCACGCAGGUGAUUGCCAACAGCCUGCUCAAUGUCGGAUCCAGAAGUGUACCACAGACUUUGUGGCCCUGACUGCACACCUGAACUCUGCCGCUGAUGGCUUUGACUCUGAGUUUUGCAAGGCACUUCGUGCCUAUGCUGGUUGCACCCAGCGAACUUCAAAAGCCUGCCGAGGCAACCUGGUGUACCAUUCUGCUGUGUUAGGUAUCAGCGAUCUCAUGAGCCAGAGGAACUGUUCCAAGGACGGACCCACAUCUUCCACCAACCCAGAAGUGACCCAUGACCCCUGUAACUACCACAGCCAUGGGGGCAUCAGAGAACACAGGGGAGGGGACCAGAGACCUCCCAAUUACCUUUUCUGUGGCUUGUUCGGAGAUCCUCACCUUCGAACUUUCAAGGACCACUUCCAAACAUGCAAAGUGGAAGGGGCCUGGCCACUCAUAGACAACAAUUAUCUUUCGGUUCAAGUGACGAAUGUGCCUGUGGUCCCUGGAUCCAGUGCAACUGCUACGAACAAGAUCACGAUUAUCUUCAAAGCACAGCAUGAGUGCACGGAUCAGAAGGUAUACCAAGCUGUGACAGAUGACCUGCCGGCUGCCUUUGUGGAUGGCACCACCAGCGGGGGGGACGGUGACCUGAAGAGUCUUCACAUCGUGGAGAAGGAGAGUGGCCGCUACGUAGAGAUGCAUGCUCGCUACAUAGGCACUACAGUGUUCGUGCGACAGCUGGGUCGCUACCUAACCCUCGCUAUCCGGAUGCCCGAAGACCUGGCCAUGGCCUACGAGGAGAGCCAGGACUUGCAGCUGUGUGUGAAUGGCUGCCCCGUGAGUGAAUGCAUUGAUGAUGGACAAGGCCAGGUGUCUGCUAUCCUAGGGCACAGCCUGCCUCACACCACCUCAGUGCAGGCCUGGCCUGGCUACACACUGGAGACUGCCAGCACCCAAUGCCAGGAGAAGAUGCCAGUGAAGGACAUCUAUUUCCAAUCGUGUGUCUUCGACCUGCUCACCACUGGUGAUGCCAACUUUACUGCUGCGGCCCACAGUGCCUUGGAGGACGUGGAGGCGCUGCACCCAAGAAAGGAACGCUGGCACAUCUUCCCCAGCAGCCGUGGGGGGCACAGGGCUUUGCCUGCUGGUCUUGGACUCACAUGCUUGAUCCUUACUAUGUUUUUGUAGGAGUUGUUUGUUGUCUUUGUUUUGUUUUUCUGGGUUUCUUUUCUUUCUUUUUUUUCUUUUUUUUUUUUUUUUUUUUUUUUUUUUUUUUUUUUUUUUUUUUUUGUCUAUAACAAAAUUUUAAAUAUAUAUUGUCAUAAUAUAUUGAGUGAAAAAGUAUAUAUGUAUAUACCAUGUAUAUGACAGAUGUUUGUCCUGGAACACCAGAUUGUACAUUAUGUGUUUGGCUGUUUUCACAUAUGUUGGUUAUAGUGUUUUUUGAUUGUAUCAAUUUUGUUUUGCCGUUUUGUGAAAUGUUUUAUAAUGUCCCUGCCUAGGGACCUCUUAGAAAGCACUUUAUUUUUUAUAUAUUAAAUAUUUAUGUGUGUACCUGGUUAGUAUGUACAGUGCAUACACAUAGACACCAACCAUAGCAAUCCAUUUGGAGGUGACUAGUUUGUAGCUCCUGGUUGCUCCUCCUGCACUUCCCAUUGCCACUGAUUGCUACUGAUUUGCCAAGGUACUCGGUUCCUGAUGGAGCUGCCUCCCUCCCAAGUGAGGGAAGUUGUCCCCUCACUUGUAAGUACUUUCGAUUCUUAAGGUGUGGAUCUCACUAAAGCGCCCUGUUUCUAACAGUUCACUCUUUCAGAGCGUGGGCACAUUAGUGCUACAGCUGCAGCCAUGACUCCGAUGGGCGUUUGAGCACAUAUGGCCUCUUAGGUUGACCCUUGUGAAGCUGCUGUUAGUUAUAUACCUUUCUGGAGGUGGUCACCUCAAGAAAACACCAGGCAUCUUGCUAUGCCCCAGCUAGGAACUCUUCCUCAUCCUCGAUCCCUGUUUAAAUUGUAGUUUCCCCUCCAUUAACUCUUUAAGCAAAACAAAAUCACCAACUCGGAAAAGAUCAUGCCUUGCCCUCCUUUGUAAUUUGUAAAACUCACGUUCUUAAUGUUCUCCUUGGCUGCUUGGAAUCCUAACAGUGCUCUCUGGCUCUGCUCCAGCAUCUCCUUAACCCUCAGGAUUCCAAGCACUGGCUAUUAGUGCUCCUCUGGUAUUGAGGUCCAGGAGUAUGACCUUAAGAACAGGACAUCUGUCUUGGUGUGUCUUAGUCCUGAUGUUCAUACCUAGCCACUUCACUCCCCACGUAAUCUCCAUCCUUUCACCUCUCUGCCAUCUUAACACCUGUAGUUGAAUAUUAUAGGGACCUGCGAGUUAGUGAAACCCUCAUGAGGUAAAAAUCUCUCCUUGCCUCUCCCAUUGUAUUACUGGUACCAACUAUAAAAGGGAUGUAACAGAAGACAGACUAGCAAAGUUAACUCCUGAAUAGGUAGGCUUAUAUUAUUAUAUCUAAAUGUGUUUGGUUCCAAGAAGUGAUACGAUUUGUGUUUUAAUAUUUAAGGUUUGCAUUAAUACAAGCAAAAGAUACAAUCCUUAAAUAAUGUUGUUGGGACAAGGCGAUGCCUUUUGACAUGUCCUAUUGGCCAGUGGGACUGACAGACAAAGGCUGGCAGCAAACAGGGAAUCUUUUGUGAAGUUGUGUUUCUUAGAGAAGUGAUAUUGCCAGUGGGUGGGAUUGUGUGUUCCACCAGAGGUUGCAGAUUCUCACCUUGGGGGCAGUUGCAAAGGCACCCUGCUUUGUAUUCUUAAAGGUUGAACUCCAGAGAGCUAGGAUGUAGCCCUGUAAAAGAAGGGUCCUUCUAAGAAAGCUGCAUCAGGACUGACCAAUCCUGCGCUUUGAAGCAUGGCCAUUUUUGUUCAUGUCGGUAGCCGUGUGCCAAGUUCAGAAGCUGGCAAUAGCUAGUAACUUGUGAUUGAGUUGAACAAGGAAGGGAAAAUGUUGGAUACUUUUAACCACUAUUUUUGUGCAAAUAUAAAGGUAAAAACAAUAGAAGUUUCUACAUUGUCUGCCUUUAGAGCCUGGGAUUGAUACACCUUUUAUCCUUUUGAGGAAAACAAAGUCACCUGUCUACCCAUAGUUUGGAAAAGAAAGUUUGCUUGUUUAGCUGUAUUGUUUAGCUGGAGAAGGGUGCCCAUGAGAGGCACUACAGCAGUAGCAUUAGUAAUAGUGUCAUGGGUGUUCUUCAGAAUUGGUGUCCCUAUGCGUCCUUUACAGUUCCCACAGGUAACUUAGAAAUCAAGUACUUCUGUAGAGAAGGGCCAGGUUUUCUUUGGGGUUUCUAAGGAACAUACUGCCUGAACUUGUUUUAUGAAGUCCAUAGCCAGAAGAAUUUCAGACCAUACUGCCAAACAAAUAGUCUAUAGCUUUUCACAGGUCCCCUGGGAGAGCUUAAAACUUAGGGCAAAACACUGGUUUUCACAGAUCUUCCCAUGUCUCUCUUAGGAAAGACUCAAAAACACAUUGCCCCUCUGCUGUGCUUGACCCUCCCCCCGCCCCCCUGUUGUGCCGAGUCUUUGCAGAGAAACCUGUAGAUGUGGUUCAUAGGUAUAUGAGUAAGUAUCUGUGUAAAAACAGUGAGUGUGUAGUAUGUAAAUACGUUAAAUUAUUAUGCUAGAAAAAUAAAGCUGCAGACCAUGCUGUCCGA